GUCGACACGUGUCAGUCCCAUAGCAUGCAAAGCGACACCAAUGCAUAUGCUCUGUUCUGUUUACAAUUUUUACACCAUCGCCAUCACUUUCUUCCAGAACGUGUUUAUUGACGAAUAGGACUUUUUUUCAUUUUGAUCAAUGGAGAAUGGAAUGGGUGACGGAGACGACAACGAUGUGCCAUUGCUGCCCCCAAUUCGGACAGGAAGAAACAACGGGAGGCCGAAAGAGCCAUGGAAUGGGGAAUUCGUGAAGAGCCUUGUCUACGGCGGCAUGGACGCCAUUGUCACAACCUUUUCCCUAAUUUCUUCCAUCUCCGCCGGCAACCUUUCCUCCGCGCAGUCGAUGUGUUGGUGUUGGGGUUCGCGAAUCUGGUGGCGGACGGAAUCUCAAUGGGUUUCGGCGAUUUCGUUUCCACCACCACCGAGAACGACGUCGCCGCCAGGGAGAGAUCCAUUACACAGUGGGACGUCGAAAACCAGCGCCGGAAUCAGCAGCAGCUGUUGGCCCAGAAAUAUCGAAACCUCGGAAUGAGCGCCGCCGAUGCAGACCUGGUAGUGAGCAUAUUCGCCAAGUAUCCGGAGACGCUGGUGGACGAGAAAAUGGUGGCGGAGAAAGGAAUGGUGUCUCCCGACAGGACAAACAAUAAGAAGCCGUGGAAGAAUGGGCUGGUGACAUUUGCAUCUUUUCUGGUGUUUGGGUGCGCUCCACUUCUGGCAUUCAUCGUCCUCAUCCCCUUCACCAAAAGCGUCAAGAUCAAAUUCAUGGCGGCCUGCUUCAUGUCCGCCCUCGCCCUCGCCAUUCUCGGCCUCGCAAAAGCCAAGAUUGCCGGCCAAAGGUGCUUACUGUCCAUGGCCACCACGCUCGGCAAUGGCGCCGUCGCCGGAGCUGCCGCUUACGCCAUCGGCUGGACUCUGCGGAACGUCGCCGGCCUCCAAGAAUGACCACUAUUAAUUGCUUAUCUUUUUAUUUCUAUGGGUUAUCAAGAACAGGUUGUCGACCUGAAUUUUAUAUAUGUUAUCGGAUGAGAAGGAAUCAAUGUGGAUUUGAUUAUAAAAUUAUAUUCACCUGAUCUUCGUGGAAAUUCGAAUCA